UCCUUUUCCCCUUUUUUCGGUUUACCAAAGCCUGGCCUGUUUGGAAUUUCGUUUACUGUUCCUCUCCCUAAGAAAAUUCUCUCUCUCUCUAUACGUACAAAACUCCUUUCCUACAUCCAGCCGGAUAAGCGCCGGAAACUGCUAGUCCGCCGGAGAACAGUAUUUCAGAAGAACCGAAAGGUUUCUUGAAGGAACAGUGCCGUUCGUGUUAUUAGUUUUAUGAUUUGGCAGGUGGAAUCGUCCGAUCUCUGAGUUUGACUCGGUCCGACGAGUUGCAGUGAGAAUGUGGAAAGCCUAAGGGAAUUUUCGUGGUUGUUGAAGCCCUGGAUCGUUGUCUGGGGCGUUUUUAUUGUUUUUAAGGAUUUUUAUUGUGCGUUUUUUGCGGGAAAGAAGUUAGAGAAGACGGAGGCUACCGCCGACGAGUUUCGGUAUGAGAUGGUGGAAGGAAGGGCUUGUUCAUCGAGGGAAGCUAAAUUGGAAUUUUUGAAGUAUAAAAGGCUACAGCGGAUGAAAGCAGAUUCUAUAGAUGAUUCCACCUGUGUCAGAAACAUGGUGAGUAGAAGCUGGGGAGAUACUUUAAGAACUUCAGCACCAUGUGGUGUGAGGUUACUUGCAAAUGUAGAUAUCUAUUCAAGAUCUGUUGCUGCUUCAAAUGAUAAAGAUGUUUUUUCAAAGCGCAAAGUUGCAAAGUUUGAGACUUCUGAUCUUGACUGGACUGACAAAAUUCCUGAGUGUCCAAUAUACUACCCGACUAAAGAGGAGUUUGACGAUCCAUUACUUUAUCUGCAAAAGAUAGCACCAGAGGCAUCAAAACAUGGCAUUUGCAAGAUUGUUUCCCCUGUACUUGCUUCUGUUCCUGCUGGCGUGGUUCUUAUGAAGGAAAAAAUUGGUUUCAAAUUUACAACUCGAGUACAACCUCUCCGUUUGGCUGAAUGGGAUACUGAUGACAAGGUCACCUUUUUCAUGAGCGGAAGAAACUAUACAUUACGGGAUUUUGAGAAAAUGGCGAACAAGGAAUUUUCUCGUAGAUAUCAUAGUGCCGGAGGCCUUCCUUCAACUUACUUGGAGAAAGAAUUUUGGCGAGAAAUAGCUUGUGGAAAGACAGAGAGUGUUGAAUAUGCUUGUGAUGUUGAUGGUAGCGCAUUUUCAUCUUCUCCCAAUGAUCCACUUGGAAAAAGCAAAUGGAAUCUGAAGAAACUAUCUCGGCUACCUAAAUCUAUUUUGCGUCUUCUGGAAACAGCAAUCCCGGGAGUUACUGAACCUAUGCUUUACAUAGGAAUGCUGUUUAGCAUGUUUGCUUGGCAUGUGGAAGAUCAUUACUUGUAUAGCAUCAAUUAUCAUCACUGUGGGGCAGCAAAGACUUGGUAUGGGAUUCCUGGCCAUGCAGCUUUGGAUUUUGAAAAAGUUGUAAAGGAACAUGUGUAUUCUCAUGAUAUCUUAUCAGCAAACAAAGAGGAUGGUGCUUUUGACGUACUGUUGGGGAAAACAACAUUAUUUCCCCCUAACAUUUUGUUGGAUCACAAUGUUCCAGUUUUCAAAGCUAUACAGAGGCCUGGGGAAUUUGUAAUAACUUUCCCUAGAGCAUAUCAUGCUGGAUUUAGUCAUGGUUUUAAUUGUGGGGAAGCGGUCAACUUUGCAACUGGUGAUUGGUUUCCCUUGGGAUCAAUUGCUAGUCGCCGCUAUGCUUUACUUAACAGGAUGCCCCUCCUUCCUCAAGAGGAGCUUCUUUGCAAAGAAGCAAUGCAACUAUAUACAUAUCUGGAACUCGAAGACCCAGACUAUUCAUCUACAGAUUUGAUUUCCAAGAAUAGUAUUAAAGUUUCUUUUGUAAAUUUGAUUCGUUUGCAGCAUUGUGCCCGUUGGCUUAUAAUGAAAUGGAAAGCACGUACAGAUGUUUCUUUUAUUUCCCAUGGAACAAUUCUUUGCAGCAUGUGCAAACGGGAUUGUUAUGUCGCAUAUGUGAAUUGCAAUUGCUAUUCGCAUCCGUUGUGCCUUCGCCAUGAUAUAAAGUGUCUAGAUUUACCCUGUGGAGGCAAUCCAACUCUCUGUGUGAGGGAAGAUAUCUUAGAUUUGGAAGCAGCAGCUAAGCAGUUUGAGCAGGAGGAGGAUAUACGAUACGAGGUUGAACAACUAGAUAGAAAUGGUGAGGACUCUGUUCAGCUAGCAAAAAUGUUCUCAAGAGCUGAAAAUGAUGGUUAUGUCCCUUACUGCGAGAUUAAUUUGGAGUUUAACGAGGAAAUUUCCCAAUCUGGCAAUCAAAUACAGAAGCAAACAUAUAGCUCUCCAUGUCGGUCUACCCUGUGCACUGGCACGGAGAAUAUGAAGACUGCUUCAGAUGCUUCCAUUUUGGGUUCUUUAUCUUCAUCAAGUCUGGGUGUCGUUGAAGAGUCAAGUCAAAGUUUUCAUGUAACUGGCAGUGUUCAAGGGAAUACAAACUCAAUGUCUCCUAGAGAUCGCGUUAUGUGUGUUCCUGAAGUUUCACAAUCCUCUACCAGUGAAUAUGAUAGUUCCCAGAAGAAGGCUGUUCAGAAGAUAGAUUUUGGAACUAGUAUCAAUGAAGAAAGCGAUGAGUCUGAUUUUGAAAUAUUCAGGGUCAAGAGGCGUUCUUCCAGCAAAGUGGAACGGAGAAAUGCACAGAACCCGGUCUCUGUUAAUUCUGAACAUCAGGGUUUGAAGAGGCUAAAGAAACAUCAACUGGGAAGGUGUGGGCCGGUAUCAUCAUCCGAGUGUUCAACAGCUGAAGAUCUGAGCCGUAACUUGAGUCGUAAUUCAACUCAAUUUAAAGAAGCACCACAAGGUGCUUCGAGGGAUAAGUUAGCCAGAGGAAGUGGCAUCCCCAUCUCCAUCAAGUUUAAGAAAACGGCAAAUGAGGAAUCAACAAGUAAACAUGAAGAAGUGCACAGACAUGAUCGAUUCCAGCACGAGUUAAGAAAAACCACGGGGGAACCCCCCGCAAUAGAGCUUGCAGCGAAGCGCCUCAAAAUCAGAGGUCCAUCAUUUUUAGAUGACAGGUUAAAUUGAAAUUAGGUGAAAGGCAGCAUCUUCUUCAACCUGACAUUGCUGACAUCUUAUUCAUUAAUGGGGGAAUCUAACAACAGGGAAAAGCUAGAAAUUUCUUUCUGGGGAGGCAGCAAACGACGAAACUAACCAACAUUUUAGAUUAGAGAAGGUAUUCUUUGUGCAGGGCUCGAAAUGCGGGCAAUUUUGCACGGUGAUAAAUCUCAUUGGUUCUCUAAGGAUGGGUUGUUUUUGCCACGUUGGCAGGAGAACCUCUCUCCUUAUUGGAGCGGAGCGGAGCAGAGCAGAGCAGAUAGUAGGUUUUUUAGGUUAGUUUUGUUGAUUGACAUUAGUUGUUGUUAACAGUUGAUUGAUUUUUGAGGCCCAUUGGCUUUUAUUAAUGUCAAAGUCUGCUGCUGCUUCUCGUGGGUAGGGUUCAUAUUCUUUUCGUGCAGUUGCACCUUGAUAAUACUUUACGAGAAUAAAUUCAAAUAUUUUUCUUCUUUUA